GCUGAUUCAAACAUCCUCCAUGAUCACGGUUGUCGCCGGAGAUGAAGCCAGGCAGCCUCCCACUGUUCACAGCAGCCAUCCUCCUUUGCCUCAGCUUGGUGCAGCCCAGGGCACAGAGGAAAAGAGCUACGCCAAAACCUGGGUAUUGCCCGGAGUUUUUUCUUGAUUGCCCGUUUCUCCAAUUACCCUUAUGCCACCGUGACCAAGGGUGCAAGGGCAUCAAAAAGUGCUGUUUCUACUACUGUCAGAUGAAGUGUGUGGAACCUUGGACAACUUUGACUUGAAAUGGAAACCCUUGCUUAACCAGGGCUGGGAAGAUGUCGUGCAGUUGGCUCCAGCCUGGAUGACUGACCUCAAAUUCUUCUGUCCCAUAGGCCCC